CCCAUCAUUGGUGUCAGUGGGAGGAAUAGUGCCACAUCAUUGGUGUCAGUGGGAGGAAUAGUGCCACAUCAUUGGUGUCAGUGGGAAGAAUCGUGCCCCAUCAUUGGUGUCAGUGGGAGGAAUAGUGCCUCAUUAUUGGUGUCAGUGGGAGGAAUAGUGCUCCAUCAUUGGUGUCAGUGGGAAGAAUCGUGCCCCAUCAUUGGUGUCAGUGGGAAGAAUAGUGCCUCAUCAUUGGUAUCAGUGGAGGAAUCGUGCCCCAUCAUUGGUGUCAUUGGGAGGAAUAGUGUCCCAUCAUUGGUGUCAGUUGGGAGGAAUAGUGCCCCAUCAUUGGUGUCAUUGAGAGGAAUAGUGCCCCAUCAUUGGUGUCAUUGGGAGGAAUAGUGCCCAUCAUUGGUGUCAGUGUGAGGAAUAGUACCCCAUCAUUGGUGUCAGUGUGAGAAAUAGUGUCCCAUCAUUGGUGUCAGUGGGAGGAAUAGUGCCACAUCAUUGGUAUCAGUGAGAGGAAUAGUGUCCAGUCAUUGAUAUCAGCGGGAGGAAUAGUGCCCCAUCGUUGGUAUUAGUGGGAGGAAUAG